AUGCCGAUCCUCCACAAGGCUCUACGCAGAUCACUCAUCUUCUUCUCGGCGCUCAUCGGAUCAUCAAACCGCAAAAGCGUUACAAUGGACUCGAAAGACUCGCAAAACCCAAAGGAGUGCCGUCUUCUCAAACUGCCACCAGAACUUCGCCUCAUCAUCUACGAAAUGGUCUUUGCCGACUUCCAGCUCAAUGACAAGACUUGCUACCGCGACAAGAUUAAGCGUCCGUAUCUGCUCCACACCUGUACCGCUAUCAGAGAAGAGGCUCUCGAGAUCUACCUCAAACGCUUGCCUGAGAUCCUGAUCGAGAAGCGAGAGGAGCGCGAUCAGGUGGAGGUGGGCAGUCAGCUUCCUGCAGAGAUUUCCCACCUGCACCGGAUUCUCAUCAGGCUAAGUCUAGCGAGGGACUGGACCAAAUAUUCGAAGGCCAUCGAAGAAGAGCUGGAGUGGUGGAGAGCACGAGGCGGCGAGCCCACAGCUUAG